UGCGGUGGCGGUGGCGGCAGGCGUUGCUGCUGCCUAGCUGGCCCGCGUUGCCGGCUUGAUGACGUCAGCAGUCAUGGCGAACAGCAGCGCAGUAGGCGUGCAGGAUGGUGUCAACGGGACCCCGUGGGCUGACCUCUGGUGGAAGGAGAGGGUUCAGGUAGCGUCCCCGGACUGGGCGGAGCUUCGGCAGCGCGUCCGUUGGCUGUGGCCCGUGCACGCGUACGGGCUGGCCUGCCUCUUCCUGGGCCUGGCCGUGACGGCAUUUCUCACGGCACUGGGCCUGCGGGCGCGGCUCUCGACCCGGCCGCACCUGUCCACGCUCAAUGUCUUCCUGCUGCUUCUGGGCCUCACCAGGUGCCUCUGCCUCUUCCUAGACCCCUACGGCUCCAGGCAGUUAAUGCCCGGAGUGCUGCUGGCCAUGCUCUGGGACCUGGGCUUCCCGUGCCUGCUGUCCGCCUUCUCGCUCCUCCAGCUCGCCUUUCUGCAGAUCACCCAGAUGCAGGCGAGCCCGUCCCGCAUCGGCGACGAGACCUGCAUCUCGCUCGUGGUGGUGCUACACUUCUGCCUCGCCAUCCUCUCAGACAUCCUCUGGGCCAUGCAAAACUCUACCAGGGUCGUGUGGUUGUUCACGCAGCUCUCGUUCACGGCCUGGGGUUUGUUUGUGUGCUCUGCCUGCGUGUGCUCCUGCCUGCGGCUUCAGCGGUCCAUUGCGCAGCUGCCCAUGCUUCUGUUCCUGCCUCCCCAGCCGAGUGCACAGGACGCCAUUGUGGUGGCAGCCUGCUACGAUAACAAGGGCGUUCUACCUCUGGGCACCCUUGACAGGCCCGUUCCCAGCCGCCCUCCUGUCUCUCUGACAAGACCCCGAGAGACCUUCGAGUCUCACCACAUCACCAGAGGCCCUUCGCGUGGGGCUUGGGACCCGAUGGCGCCGAGGAUCCGCAUCACGGACGAGCACCAGCGCACCCUGAGCCUCAGCGGGCCCGAGGGAUCAUCACCGCCAUCCAACGACCACGGAGCACGCUCCUCCUCGUCAAAUGGUGACCCGGACCACGAACCUGUCUCCGCCGGCGCAACGAGUCCCCGGGGUCUACGAUCAAGAGCCUCGAUGCCCCUCUGCCCAUCUCAGCUUACGCAGGAGCAGCAGCAGCCCCUUAUGCAGUCUCCCGUGAAGCUGGAGGCAGAGUACGGCAUCGCAGAGGUCCCCGUCCGGCUUGACCAGCGUCGGUCCACUCUGCCGAGGAGCCACAGACCCACCCGCUCCUGGAACCCCCCCACUCAAGGAAUCGCCAGCUCCUUGCUGUUUUCGUCGUCCAAGUCCAGUGCCGGCCAGGCUCCUCAGCCGCAGAAGAAACGCAGCAGGGUCGAACGACUUCUCCGGAAGACGCUACUCGCCGCCGUGCUGGGCAUCGUCCUGUGCUGCCUUCAGGGCUACGGCGUCGCAGGUCCGCACGGGAUGUUCGCCGCUGCCCCCAGGGCCGCUGCCGUCCUGCCAUGGUUCGCCUACCAGACUCUCCACAGGUGGCUGGAAUUCACCAUGGCCUGUAUCAUGGCCAGCAUCACCAGGAAGUCUCUGUACGGCAACUGCUACCGGCAACACAGCUGCAACGAAAAGUACAGGGGAUCCCUUUUCUCCUGAGCCAACGUCUCAUACGGACUAUUGCGUCCACCGACACGCCUCGUCGUAGA